GAAAUCUAUGCGUUGAUGCAAGUAUAUAACAAGCCCCCUCCCUCCUGUACAUCCAGCUAUCAUACAGUUCAUCUUGAAGGUCUUAAUCUGUCAUACAAUCCUCUUAGUCUUCAGAUAAGAAAUUUCAUGGAUCUCUCCAUGAAAGUCUUUGUGGUCGUCCUCCUGCUUCUUGUGGCCACUGAGGACCAGGGACCAGUGCAAGUAGCUUUGGCGAGGGACUGCAAGUCACAGAGCUACAAGUUCAAGGGGAUGUGCGUGCGCGAUGACAAUUGUGCAAGUGUUUGCCUGACCGAGGGUUUCCCCAGAGGCAAGUGCAAGGGCUUUGCAUGUUCCUGCCACAAGGAUUGCUAGAUGGCCCUGAUUUGUCUAUUGCAUACAUGCUUUUGUGUAAUAACUACUGAAUAAAUAAUAGUAGAUCUAUAUCUAUGUAUGUGUGUAUGCAAGCAUAUGCAUUUGUGACUGAUGCUCGUCUGAGAUUCAUGAACGGUUACAAGUAAA